AACAAUCCUUUUAGCUGAGCACUCUCCUCCUUUGUUGUACCUCAAACAUGAAAAUUCUAAUCCUGCUAACUUUGGUUGCGAUGGCCAUGGCCCAGGAUGGCUAUCCCACCAAGUACGAUAACAUCGAUGUGGAUGAAAUCCUCAACUCGGAUCGCCUCUUCAAGAACUAUUUCAACUGCCUGAUGGAUGCCGGUCCCUGCACGCCCGAAGGAAAUGAACUGAAGAAAUAUCUACCGGAUGCCAUUUCAACAGGGUGUGUCAAGUGCAAUGACAAGCAACGCGAGAUUACUGCUAAGGUGGUGAAGUUUUUGAUCGAGCAGCGUCCUGAAGAGUGGAACGCCCUGCGAGGCAAGUACGAUCCCGAUAACACCUACGCCACUAAGUACCGCGAUGAAGCAGCCAAGUUGGGAAUCAAACUGUGAAGGAAUGGUUCUGGAUGCAAAAAAGUAUUUACAUUGACUUAGGCGAUUUGAGAUGGAAUAUAGAGUUGUUAAGCUAAAAACUAAUUUUCGAUUUAUUGACAUUUUUGUCAGUUUCGACACUAUGCAAUUAAAUUCCUAUUCUUAUUUAAAAUUCAGCGAAGCAUACCUAUGUAUUAAAUAUUAUUCCUUCCUGAGAUUUUAAUGAAUAUGUAGAGUUAAACACGACCGCCAGAUCACCUGCUAUUUUCCUUCUUUUUUUUGCAUGACUGAUUCACCUUUUAUUGCAGGUAAAUAGUAGCUUAAGUGAGUAAGUCAAUAAGUAAAUCAUGAUUAUGAAUUCUAUUUGAUGAUCAGCUCAGCUCAAGUGAUCCUGUAGCAACAUUUAUGUAUAUGUUCAUGAAAGCUGAAACACCUGUCUGAAAAUAAUGUUCGUGCACGAUCGACGCGGAUUUACUGGUUUCUCAACCAGUAAGGUAAUGAUCCUCUGUGUAUCUUCAACUAUGUUAUAAAAACAAAUAUGUACAAACAAAUUGAUUUAAUGGUUCCAGUCAACUAAUUUGCAAUUGAAAUCUCCAAUGCUGACCUCGUCACUGUCCAUCGACCUACUCAACGACAUCGAACGUGUCAGUCAAUAAAACAAAAAGCAUUAACUGUUU